CCGCCCCCGCUCCAGGCUGUGCUGGUCGCCGACAGCUUCAACCGCCGCUUCUUCCCCAUCUCUAAGGACCGGCCGCGGGCUCUCCUUCCUCUGGCAAAUGUGGCCAUGAUUGACUACACCCUGGAGUUCCUUACUGCAACCGGAGUGGAAGAAACCUUUGUUUUUUGCUGCUGGAAGUCCGCUGAGAUAAAGGAGCAUUUACAAAAGUCCAAGUGGUGCUGCCACACCUCUCCAAAUACCGUGCGCUUUGUAACCUCUGACCUGUACCGCUCGCUUGGUGAUGUGCUAAGAGACGUUGAUGCCAAGUCCCUUGUCCGCUCGGACUUCCUCCUCGUCUCUGGGGAUGUGGUGUCCAACAUCAACAUUUCUAGCGCCCUGGAAGAGCACAGGGUGCGCCGUAAACUGGAGAAGAACGUGUCUGUGAUGACAAUGGUUUUCAAAGAGUCUUCGCCAGGUCAUCGUGCCAGGUGCCAGGAGGAUGACAUCAUUCUUGCCAUGGACAGUGCAACAAACCGUGUCCUGCACUACCAGAAGACCCAGGGACUGAAACGCUUUCCCUUUCCCAUGAACCUGUUUCAGAGCAAUAUUGAGAAUGUGGAAGUGCGCCAUGACUUGCUGGACUGUCACAUCAGCAUCUGUUCCCCACAGGUGGCAGAGUUGUUCACUGAUAACUUUGAUUAUCAGACUCGGGAUGACUUUGUGCGUGGCCUGCUGGUGAAUGAGGAGGUCUUGGGGAACCAGAUCCACAUGCAUGUGACCACCGAGGAGUAUGGUGCCCAUAUAUGCAACCUGCAGAUGUAUGAAGCUGUGUGUUCUGAUAUCAUCCGGCGCUGGGUUUAUCCUCUGACUCCAGAGAUAAACUUCACCGAUGACCCAGCGCAGAGCUACACCCAUUCCAAGCACAACAUCUAUCGUGGGCGGGAUGUGAGCCUGGGUCAUGACAGUGUGCUGGAUGAGAACGUCCUCAUUGGUUGGGGAACGAUCAUUGGCAGCAACUGCUCUAUUACCAACAGUGUUAUUGGUCAGAACUGCAAGAUAGGUGACAGAGUUAUCCUGGAUGGAGCACUGAUCUGGAACGGGGUCAACGUAGCGAAUGAUGCGGAGAUCCGGGAGUCCCUUGUCUGUGAUGAAGCUGAGGUGAAGGAGAGUGUUAAGUUAAAGCCUCGCUGCGUCCUCACUUCCCAGGUGGUGGUGGGUCCUGACAUCACCCUCCCGGAGGGCACAGUGAUCUCACUGCACCCCCCAGAUGAGGAGGAGGAGGAUGAUGAUGAGUUCAGUGAUGAUUCUGGGGUGAACAAGGAGGAAAUCAAAGUGAAGCUAAAAGGCUACAACAAGCUGGUGGUUGGGUCAGAAGGCAGAGGAUAUCUCUGGAGAGCGGACAAUGAGAACGAAGUGGAUGAGGAAGAGCAGAGACAGAGCCUGUGGGGCCCGCACUUGAAUUUGGGGGAAGAGAGUGAGACAGACAGUGAUAUAAGCUUGGGCUCCGAGCAGCUGGACAGUCGGUCUGCUUCCCCUCAGCUGGAUGACAUCAAAUUGUUCCAGAAUGAAGUUUUGGGCACCCUGCAGAGGGGCAAGGAAGAGAACAUUUCCUGUGACAACCUGGUCCUGGAAAUAAACUCUCUGAAAUAUGCCUAUAACAUCAGCCUAAAGGAGGUGAUGCAGGUGCUCAGUAAGGUGGUCUUGGAGUUCCCACUGCAGCAGCUGGACGGAGAACUGGAUCCUCAACACUAUUGCGUGUCAUUACUUCCUCUGUUGAAGAGCUGGACCCCUUUGUUUAAGAACUACAUUAAGCGGGCGUCAGAUCACUUGGAUGCCUUAUCUGCCAUUGAGGAGUUCUUCUUGGAACAUGAUGGCCUCUGCACCUCAAUGGCUAAAGUGCUGAUGGCCUUUUACCAGCUGGAAAUCCUGGAAGAAGAGAUGAUUCUCAAUUGGUUUUCUCAGCAGGACACAUCUGAUAAGGGCAGGCAGCUUCGCAGAAACCAGCGGCUUCAGAAGUUUAUCCAGUGGCUGGAAGAGGCAGAAGAAGAGUCGUCUGAAGGCGACCAAGACUGACGCAGCAGGCUGACAUGAGAUGGGGCACUCCUCACUGCCUUUUCAGGAGGGAGGGAGGGACCUCUUGCCAGCCAGGCUUUGCCUGGCAGGGUGGGCCAAGGAAGAUCGAUGCCAGUGCAUGGUGUGUAGGUGUGGGGCCUGAAAUCUAAGUGACUGACUGACAAUCCCAUUGUGAACUACAUUUAUUCCCAGCCCUCCCCUCCCAAAUGGCACCUUACAUGGGACAGUCACAGCAUGAUGUGAGAACCGGUGGGGGCAAAUAGGAGGUGCAUAUGUCUAAGAUCUUUCUUGGGGCCUAUACAUGGUGUAUUAAGCUAUCUAUUGGGAGUCUCUUGCUCCUAAUGUGGGGUGACAGAGACAGAUGCAUACAAAUUCCAUGUCAUUCUGAACUAUUUCUGGUUUGUGUAAAUGUGGUCCUAUGACCAGGUUCAUUCAAAGUCACUGACAUUCUUUGAGCUCAUAUAUGAAGAUCCCCUUCCCAAGGGACAGUGGCAAGGUUGGCGCACACAGUGCGGCUUUAGUGACCUGGAACUCCUGUGGCGGCAGAAGGCCAAGUUUGAGUUUGCCUAAGGUACCUUGGAAGGAGAAACCCUCGGGCUGUCUUUUGAGGAGGAGGACCUCUGGCCUUGAGGCAUGCCUGGAUCUAACUUGGACUUGUCCUGUGGUCUUGGCAAAACGCGUCAUCUUUUGUGUCAGUGUCUUUGUGUGCGUAAAGGGGAAGAUGCUCACUUGCUUGUCUUGCAGGGGGUUGGUUGCAUAGAUAUGCACUUAGCCAAUGAAGUGCUGUCUGGAGCAAUAUGAUGUGCCUUUCCUGGACCUCUAGAUGCUGGCAGACAUGGUGCUUUGGAGAAGAAAGGUUUUAUUUUUUCUCUUUUUUUUUUUUUUGAAAGGGAAUGGAGAUGUUCAGCACCAGCUGAGCGCGCUGCUCAGGGCUUUGAGUAGGCCUUUCACUUGCUGAUGUUACCUGCCCUGCUUCAAGUGUUAGCAACAGUACCAGCCACUCUUAAGGGAAAAGCAGUCUCCUGAGCUCUGUUCUAGUAUGAAGUGAGGAAAGGGCUUUCCUUUUAAGUAGUAGUAUUCUAUUUUUGAGUCUCCCUACAAGAUUUUUGUUCCACACACUCAGAGCAAGUGGGAUUUUUUAAUUAAUUUAUUUAUUUAUUGGAGGGAAGAAGAAUGAAAGGUUCUCCAAGGGGUUGCCAACCUAGGAGUCCCAAGGUAAGUCUUGGGUGUGUAGGAGGAAUGAAGGCGGCCUUUUUUUCAGCCCACCUCUACUGCACCAUCUUCCCAUGCUAGCAAUAGAGCGCUGAAGAGCAGCAUUUCUGUACAUGUCACUGUGCUACUUUCCUACCUUGUUCUCCACCAAGAGCGGAGCAGAGAAUCAGCAUACAAUUGUCCGUAGAUCAUGUCGAACAUGCUUACCUUGCCACUAUCCCUUUAGGAAGAGGAGUGUUGAAUAGAUCCCUUGGGGAGAUGCAUUGGACCUGCUCACUUGGCAUGUGUUCUGGGUCAGUGGUGCCACAUGGUUUUGUGGCAGGGCGCUGGUGGAGGGUGGGAAUGCUGCCUCUUACACACGAGCAUUGGGAAGGGGUGAUCUUUGAGCACUCAGCAUAUCUAGACUGUGCCUGAAGGCCCUUGGUUUCUGACACUGGAACCCAGUCUUGUAAACGUCGGGAAAAUAGUCGGUAUCUGAACUUUCUGUAUCUGCCAAUAUUUAAUUCAGGGAGCGAUUAAAACCAUCCUGGUAUAAAGAA